CGAAAGCGCUGUAACAUCAUCCGACGGUGGCCAAUAACAGGCCUCCACUACCUUCAGCUUCCUUGUGACGUCUCGAACCUUUGGCUGCUACGUGUCUCUAAUACUGAAUGGAUCAAAUGCUUGUGUCUUGUGUCUAAUGCUGCCUACCUAUUUAGGAUUUCAAGUCUACUUUAUGAAGGUUAAGGCCUCUUAAACGACGGAUGAAAAGUGACGAAUUCCCACGGCAAUUGUACAUUCUUUCUUAUGCUUUCUCAUGUAAACGAUCCCGAGGCCACCCGUGACCUUUUACAAGCAACGGAGUUUUGGGGCGCUCUGGGUAUAUAAAAUGCAUUCUGCUUGAUUGGUCUCUCAGUACACACAUACUACAAUCUCUUACGGGACUCUGCAUUGAACAUGUCUUCCAGCACAAUCGAGCUUUUUCCAGCGCCAUCCAGCGCCCCCUCCAGUCUGACUCCGGUCUUUCUUCCUGGGGCUGAUGCAGAGUCCACUCUGGCUUUGCAGAGCGUCCUUCGGGAUGAUCACGAGAAGUGGCACACUUUCUUCAAUAGCAGAAGGUUUCAUAAUCAUAUCGUUCACCAUGUAUUGGCUGUUUGGGCUCUCGGUGCCAGCAAAGAGAUAAUCGAAGCCGUAUAUCGCGAAGAUAGCCCUAGCCAAAAGCCCGCUAUCAAAUCUCCCGGUCCGAUAUCCUCUGCGAAUUUCAACGUUCACCUAGGAGACGAAAAAUAUUAUGGGGCGUACAUGACCUUCUUCAAGGAUAAAAUAGCCGAAGAGGGAAUCGCUUCUGUAUUGGAAGAGUUCGUCUUCUCCGAAUCCGCGAACGUCGAUGCGACGACGAACGGUAACCAGCAGCCGGGUAUGCUCAACCGACUGAUGGCAGGCCUGGUUCACCCUAUGAUACACACUGGAUAUGGUCUUGAAUUCGGAUUGCCGGGAAUAGUCGUCGAAGGUCUCGCCCAAACCGCGGUUCAUUCUGACACCCUUCAAAAUCUCCUGCCUUAUUCUGUUUUGAUUUCCGUCGCGGCGUUAGAUGCGCAGGCGGAAAAGGCUACGGCUCUUGAAGCGCCUGAUCUUCCCAGCGGGAAGAAAGGAACCCAUGCCUUCGACAUUCUAGCGCGUGUUCUGAAAGAUGAAACACUUACUAUUCCUCCUGGUGGUGACGAAAUCCCUAUAGGAAGUACAAUUACCGCAAACGGAGAAGCGUUAUUCCGGUAUACCAAUCAGUGGUCGUUACAUCUAUCAAACCCUCAAGAAUUACGUCGGAAAAUCGAGGAGUUGCAGUGGAUGACCACGAUCAUCUACGCAAUAGGUGGCUAUAAGCCUGGGAAAAGGUUCCAUGCUGACUUCUUUCUUAUGCAUCUCGUCACAUCGGCCUUAUUUUUGCCAUCUUUCGUAACUUUCCUUUCCACCACCUCCCAAGCGCUACUUCUCCGUAGCUAUAUGGCUGUAACUUUCGCGUGGUGGAUUUCUUGCGGCCGUCCCAGCUUCGAUAUACCAAAGUUCUUCGAGGCAGAUAUCGACGAGUCCCGGGCCAUGGUUCCUAACGAGUCUCCUGCGAUAGCAACAGACGGGAAUUUGUCGUCCACACCGAAUCCGUGGUUUGCGAUAAUUCAGCAAGCCUUAUUCCACCCGGAUGACCAUCUGUGUAAGACUCAGAGGGCAUUGGCCUAUUAUGCAGCGCUGUAUGGCACACGUCCCGGUGGUCAGGCCGAUUUUACGGGGACGGAGCUUCCAGGAGCAGAGAAACUCGACGGCACACUCUUCCUCCGAGCUGCGCAACUCACGGCGAAGCACUUUGAACUUCGUCGAGGAGAGAAGUACACCGUCGAGACUCCUCUCUGGGACUACUAGCUUUAGCCUCUCAGGAUCAUUCAUGUAUGUCCGCGAUUGUAAUAGUAGCUGAAUUUAGUAGCUAUGCAACAAUGGAGCGAGCGAUUUUUCACUUACC